AUGGCAUGUUUGAAGAGAUUCAUAGCAAGACGCUCGAAGCCAUCAACUAUUUGGAGUGACAAUGCUACUAACUUUAAAGGUGCUCGUUCUGUUUUGAAUCAAUUAUUUCAGAUUUGUAGAAAAGAUCAUGUUCAGCGUUUCUGCGCAGAAGAAAAUAUCGAAUGGAAAUUCAUUCCGCCUGCUUCGCCACAUUUUGGAGGAUUAUGGGAAGCAAAUAUAAAAUCCACGAAGAAACUUCUGUUAAAAGUAACUAAAUCAUCAGUUUUGACAUUUGAAGAGUUGAAUACACUCAUAGUCCAAAUAGAGGCCAUUUUAAAUUCUAGGCCAAUCUGUCCCCUUUCAUCGGACCCUACAGAUUUGCAACCACUCACACCUGGUCACUUCUUAGUUGGGGCUCCCCUCUUAUCGAUACCUGAAAAUGAUACUGCUUUGGAUUCUUUGUCUCUUCCUUCUAGGUGGGUUAUGAUCCAGAAGUUGAGGAAAGACUUCUGGAACAGAUGGUCGAAAGAGUACCUCAACUCCUUGCAAACACGAGGCAAAUGGAGACAAGCAACGGCUAAUCUCAAGGUUGGACAACUUGCCCUCCUGAAAGACAAUUGCAGUACCACCCCUUUGAACUGGACCUUGUGUCGCAUUGAGAAAGUGUAUCUAGGAGAGGAUGGAAAAGCCAGAGUUGCUGACGUGAGGACUCCAGCUGGGACAUACACCAGAUCCAUUACUAGAUUGUCACCCUUGCCAUUUGCAGAAGAGGUUGGACAUCCGUCCAACGGGGGCCGGCAUGUUUGUGAUUGA